AUGGCGCUCAAACAAGGAUCAAUCACGACUCUUUCUGUGCUCAGUUUGCUGCCUUCCCUUCUCUUUCAGGCUUGUCUAAGUGUAACGGAGGGACUGCACUGGGAUGAGAAUGGCUACGUCCUGUACUGCCCCUGCAUGGGCCGGUUUGGAAACCAGGCCGAUCACUUCCUGGGAUCUCUGGCUUUUGCAAAGAUGUUGAACCGAACUCUGGCCGUACCCCCCUGGAUUGUGUACCGCCACCACAUCCCCCCGUACACCAACGUGCAUGUUCCCUACAGCGAGUUUUUCCAGCUGGACGCCCUGUCUGCUUAUCACCGUGUGGUCAGUUUGGAGGACUUCAUGGAGAAGCUGGCCCCCACGCACUGGCCCCCGGGUCAGAGGAGGGCCUACUGCUUUGAGACGGCUGCUCAGAGAAGUGCCGACAAGAAGUCGUGUCCCAUGAAGGAUGGGAACCCGUUUGGACCUUUUUGGGAUUACGUUGGUGUGAAUUUUGACAAGUCUGUUUUGUUUGGAGGCCUUUCCUUCAGUUCUUACCACCAGCUGCAGUGGAUGAAGAAGUUCCCCCCCUCUGAGCACCCGGUGCUGGCGCUGCCUGGAGCCCCAGCUCAGUUCCCGGUGAUGGAGGAGCACGUGGGCCUGCAGCGCCUGGUGGUGUGGUCUGACAGGAUGGUGACGGAGGGGGAGGAGCACAUCGCCGCCAUGCUGACCCGCCCGUACCUGGGCAUUCACCUGAGAAUCGGCUCAGACUGGCAAAAUGCCUGCCGGCUGCUGGAGAGCGGCGACGCCGGCCCUCACUUCAUGGCGUCCCCUCAGUGCGUCGGCUACAGCCGGCAGACGGCCCUCCCCCUCACCAUGACCAUGUGCCUCCCGGACCUGGCAGAGAUCCGCAGGGCCGUCAAGCUGUGGGUGAAGAAGAUCUCCGCCCGCUCCGUCUACAUCGCCACGGACUCCGUCGCGCACAGGGAGGACAUCGAGAAGCUCUUCGAGGGAAAGGUGAAGGUGGUGAGUCUGCAUCCGGAUUGGGCCCAAACGGACCUGUACAUCUUAGGCCAGGCCGACCACUUCAUCGGAAACUGCGUCUCUUCCUUUUCCGCCUUUGUGAAGAGAGAAAGAGAUGUUCAUGGACGCUCGUCCUCCUUUUUCGGGAUGGAUCGACCGAGAAAAGCGAAUGCUAAAGAAGAACUGUGA